AUGAGGAUCACUAAAAGUCCUCCGAAAAACCAAUAUUCCCAACCUCCGCCUUGGGUGCUUGAAUUUAUAAAAGAAAUUCAAAAUGAAGAGACAUGUCCAAUCGAAAAAGUUGCUUCUUUAUGUUCCGAUUUUCGCAAAAGAGAAUGGGCUUACCCUCGUGGCGAUUUAUACUCGUGGAUCCCUGUCUUAAAUCGGUUCGAUGCAAUUUUGGAGAAAAUAGUUGAAGACUAUGAAUUAAAAAAUAAAGUUCAAGCUCGUCCAUUUGAUUCCUUGAUAUUCACAGUUUUGCUUGAAGUAUUAAAGUUUUCGACUUAUUUACUCAAACAUUGCGCGAAUCGCUCUAUAUAUAAUUCGACGACAUAUUUGGAACAGUUGUUGAAUAGUUCCGACUUGGAGAUCUUAGAUGCUACAUUAGCUUUGUUAUUGCAUAUUGUUCAGAAGGCAACAAUUUCCAGAAGAGGAAAACAACUUUUUUCUCUUUCACAGGAUCGUUUGUUCCGCUUUCUUUCAUUCCUUCCUCAAGAAGCUACGAAGUGCGGACUUGCCCAAAAUUAUGAAUCGGUAUUAUUUCUCAAUGAUAUCCCUGCGUCUUGGUGCGGAUUGGAGUUUUCAUAUUAUAAAAGUUCUCCUUCUGCGGCUUCAGAUGCGUCUAAAGCAGCUUCGCCUGCUUCCCUUCCUUCAGAAGGUUUGCGAGUUUUGAAGCUUUCUCCCGAAGAAAUGUCUGCAAAGUCAGCAAACGAACUGCUUCUUCAAUUAUCUAACGAAAAUCAAAUUCCUGAGCAGUAUGCUCCCGAUUUACUCGUAUCUCUUUUGCUUCAUAAAAAUUUGCCGGACUUAAAUAAGCGGCGGUUGAUGGUUCGUAUUGGACUAUUGGCGCUUUCCAACUUGGUUUAUGCUCAUUCACAAGCUGUGCAAUCACGCUUCAUGUUAGCAGACCCUGAAAUCACAACACAUUUAGCUACUCUUGUUUCCGUGGAUACAAAACUUCCACAGGAAUUCAAGGCCGUGGUUUUUGAGUGCUUUAAAGCUUUCUUUUUCCGUAAAAACAUGGUACCCUCUGUUUUAGCCUCUCUUAAUGUUUCAGUUAGUUACGGUUUAAUGAUGAAUCUGGUCCGCGAUUUUUCGAAUAAUCUUUCUGAUGAAAAGUUUGACUACAGUCGCGACUAUGUUGAUAGUUUCUAUGAUUUUCUUCAGUUUAUGACUACUUCACCUUUAGGUGGUAAUAUGGCUUGUUCUGCUGGUUUAACAUCCCUCUUGGGUCAUCAUUUAUCCCUGAAAAGUCCUCGUGCACUAUAUGUAGUGUCCAGAUCAGUUGCCAUGCUCGAUCAUCUUAUUGAUGGCUAUUCUAUGGCUUUUCCUGAUUUUUCAGAAUCCAAGGGUUUAGAUCUUUUAGUAGAUCGUUUGCAAUUCGAAUUGGAGGCCGGUUUGGAUGAUGUGAAAUCGGGCAGAGGAAAUACAGAAAUAUUUUUGAAUAUGGAUUACGCUAUACCAUAUGAUCGUUACUUUUUACUUAAAAAUUUAUUGAAGUUUAUUUUACAUUUGAUCCAAACUGGUGGGUCUGUUGUAGAACUUCGCAAUCUUAUUGAUUCCUCUCUUAUUUCUUCGCUUGCUUUUCUUCUUGAUCACCAUGAGGUGUUUGGGUCAAAUUUGUUUGCAUCGGCUACAAAUAUAAUGUCUACCUUUAUUCAUAACGAACCUACAUGUUAUGGAAUUAUUCACGAGAAAAAACUUUCACAUGCCUUCCUGGACGCUGUGAAUCGACAGAUUCUGAAUUCAUCUGAUGCAAUCACUUCAAUUCCCUUAGCUUUUGGUGCAAUCUGUUUGAAUUCACAAGGCUUCAAUCUAUUUUUAGAAAAGAAUCCUGUUUCUCACUUCUUUAGUGUAUUCUUAUCUUACAACCACUGCAAAUCUCUAACAUCUAGUGAUAAUGCAGCAAUCUUAGGAACCUACAUAGAUGAGUUGAUGCGUCAUCAGCCGUCUUUGAAAGAUGGUAUCGUUACAAUGAUUUUUGAAAUUGUGGAUAAGGUUUCAGAUCUUCUUCGUACCUUCAAUCCUUUAGACUUCAUUGGUGCAACUGAUUUUCCUUAUUUGGUCUAUUUCGAGACGUUUUCUAGCUUCCUAGAAAAUAUCAUUUCUAACGAAGGUCAUGCAAGGAACCUCAUGUCUAAAGGUCUUAUUCCUCAUAUUCUUAAACUCAUGCAGAUUCCUGUGUUGGCUUAUGGGUUCGUCGAUUCUUCUGCAUUUAAUACAUUUUUUGUCCUGUUGCAUCAUAUCAUUGAUUUUGAUGCAGCGGAAGUUUUCCGUCCUCUAUUGGAUUGCAUUAUUUUCAAUUGCGAAAAUAGUAACGUUGAACAAUCUUUAAAUUCAAUAAAUGUAAUAGUCAAUGGUCAGCUCAAUGGACAACUUGUUGAUUUACAGAGUUCUGAAAGUUUCUUUCAAUUUACUAUAAUUGGUAACUUGAUUUCGAUGUUUUCUGAGCUGUUUUCAUCAUAUGCCGCUUUAAAAAAAGCUGGCAACCUUCCGUUAGUCCAGCUUUUUAUAAGUCCUUCUCGCUAUGCCGGCGUCUUUGAUAUUUUGUGUAAUAUAAAAAACAUUUCUACGAGUGUAGAUGUUUUCCUCUGUUCCCAAGCAUCUAGUGACUAUGCCCUUUGCUGUGGUUCAUUAGCGUCAAUUACUGCUGAUAAGAAGGAAAAAGAAAGCCUAGAAAAUAAGAAGCGGGAUUUAAAGGAAGAUCCUUCCUUCAACAAGUUCAAAAAUAUUCGCACAAAUUUCACUCAAACGACGUACAGCAUUUCCAAGUUUUUCACGUCUUUAACUCGGGCUCUGGGCAAUUCAAGUAUCCAAGAUAUCAAUGAGUUUAAGGGCAUAUACAAGCUUGGUAGUAAUAUUGCUCUUGUCGUUGAUGAAUUAGUUGGUAUGGCUUGCAAUCAAAUCCUAACCCGUGAAGGACUGCCUGAUGAGCUCACCUUACAUAUUGCUUUGAUGUCUAUACUCGAUGCAUCAGCAAUAAUUCGAGAGGAUGACUCUAAAGUUACGCUUACUCUUUUGAUUAGUCGAAUUUUUGCUGGCUCUCAGACACUCCAAUUGCUGCUGCAGCUUUGUGAGCGAGUAACUACCUACUUUGCACUUGUAAAUGAGGAUAUAACUUCUCGAAAGAAUCGCAUUUUACUAGCAUUGUCUUCGACUCUCUUAAACUUGGUGCUUACAUUAACAAGUGCCGAUUUUAUGUCCGAAACGGAGAAGCCUUUGAACUUCUCUUUGAAAAUUCAGUUAGAUAAUAAUGAGCUUAACGAUUGUGGAUCUAAGCUCAUGCAUUUACUCCAAGCUCAUGCCUUCCUAUCAAUGGUUAAAAUAUGGCAAUCCGCUGCCGAUUACAGGUUGCCGUAUAUUACGAAGGCGCUAGUAACCAACGUAUUGUCCAAUUGUUUUCAAUUUGAGGAAGGUAUUAAGUCACUUUCAGAAAAUGCACAAAGUAACUCUGCCGAAUCUCAUAGCCAGUCCAAUCAAGAAAAGGGCUUACAGGAAGGUCCCAAGCUCAGUGACACUGUUAAUGACGAAACGCUUCUUAACUUGUUGAUCCGGGAAGCACCUUCUAAUAUGGUUGUAGAAUUCAAUAACUUCAAAUCUAAUCUUGUUAAAACUUGUGUCUCGUUGUCUUCUUAUGAAGGUGAUGUUAAUCAAAGUCUUUGCGACUUACUAUACUCAGGCGAUGAAGUUCAGAUGAAUUCUAACCUCCAACUUGAUACUACAAUGGCUUUGGUAAAAGAAAUCAAAUUUCUUGCUUCGUUGGAUAAAGCCGACUCUCGUAAUUCCCAGUUUGGGCCUGCCGUUGGUUUGCUUUCUCUGUUCGUGAGCCAUGAUUUUACCCAAAACAAAGCGAAGAAUUACAUACUCGAAGAACUGGAUUUCUUCUUGAAUGCCUUAGAGUCUAUGCCUCAAUAUUUUAUUAAGGAUAUUAAUGCUACCUGGGUUGUUUCAAUUCUGUUUUUAUUGGAAGUUUUGUUAACGAAUUCGAAGAAGCCGGAUGAGUUCGAAUUCAAUUCCACCGACUGCUCACUGAAGCUUAUUGAUGGUUCAAUUUCUAUAAACUAUGUUUCCCAACAGAAGAUAUUGGUUUGUUUGAUAAAGUUAAUGAAGCAAUAUAGUUCAAAUCUUGGCGUGGUGACAUCGGCGAUGAGACUAACUGUAUUAAUAACUGCUAGCUAUGACAUGGUGCACGUAUUUGUUGAUUCCAACGGUUUGGAAGCUUUAUUUAGCGCUAUGAAGGCCUGUGCUGCCGUUUGCAACGAAGCAUUACACAUUCCUUUUAUCAGCAUAUUAAGAAGACUAUUAGAGUCUGAAAGGGUUAUUGAACUUAUCAUGUUCGAUGACUUACGCAAUAUAUUUAAGCUUCAAGGAAGAGCUCGUAAAACAGAGCUUCUUAAUUUUAUAAGGACAAAUUCUGAGAUGGUUUUGCGUUCCCCUGAUUGUUUCACGAAGAUGAUUAAGGAAACUUGUCAGCUGGCCCAUUUCGCUCCAAAUGCUGAUCAUCAUUACUUGGAUUUGAAGGAAAAUCUUCCGGAGUCAUACGGUAAGGACCAGAUAAAUUCUGAUGCUUCUUUAAUGCUACAAACCAGCUCUAAGGUGGUUUCUGCUCUCUUGGAUGAAAUUAUGGAGACAGUUGACUUCCGAAGGAGAAUGCAAAAGAAUGCAAGUGCUGAAUUUAAACCCGAAUCUGAUCCUAUGUACAUGCACAAUGUAUUCCUUUUACAAUGCCUAACUGAGUUAUUGUCUGGCUACGAUUCUUGUAAAAAAUGUUUUAUGGAGUAUCAGCCGAAACGAAAAUCGUCGUUUUUCUCACUAUCUCGCAAAUACAACUCUUACCUUGUUGGCUUUUUCCUAGAGAAGCUUCUGCCUUUUGGCAGCAUACGAUUGUCAGAGGAUAAUGAAAUUCGUAAAGCUUUUUCUGUUUCUAACUGGGCCAUUUCCAUUUUGGUUUUCUUGUGUGCAUACUCGAAUGAUCAACAAACUGAUGUCGUUGACGAAAUUCGCCGAGAAGUUUUAUCGUGUGUCUUGAAGUUUUACAGAUCUAGUUCUGUUAAUUCUGAAAGUCUAGAGUCUUAUUACUGUAAAUUAUUGGUCGUUGCUGAACUUUGCUAUAGGUUAGGUGACGCUCAAACUGUUUCACAAAAAGCGCCAAACCACUUAUUACGAAAGUCUCAGGACAUCAAUAUAAAAGCGAUGAUCGAUCUUGGCUUCAUUCCGGCUCUAACAAGUGCUACCUCCGAGAUUGAUAUGAAUUAUCCUGUUUCCAGAAAAGUGAUUCGCCAUAUUUUGAGGCCUCUACAAUUACUGACUAAGGAAGCUAUAUUCUUAAGUCAAACAAACCCAGAGAGUUUGUCUGGCAAUAUGCAGGAGGCUGACACUGAUGAGUCAGUAAGUGAUGAGUCUGAAGAAUCUGAGGGUGAUGAACCACCAGAUCUUUAUCGGAAUUCAGUGCUUGGUAUCUUCCAAGGUGACAUUGCAAAUGAAAACAAUGAUAAUUAUGAAGGUAGUGAGGAUGACGACGUAUAUGAGGAAAUGGACUUUGAAGAUGAACAGUCAGGAAGUCCAGGAAGUGUUGUUAGUGAAGAUGAGAACGACGAUACUAUGUACAGUGAUAACAACGACAUGAAUAUUGAAUUUAUGCUCGACGGGGACCAAGACGGAUCUGAACAAGAGGAUACUAGUUCAUAUGAUGAUGAUGAAUCUAGUCAUGGGGAUAUCAUUUCUAUUGAUGAAGAAGACAUUGAUAAUAGCGGUGAACCCUACGAAUGGGAAGACGAAGGAAAUGACACGUCAGAGUAUGAACAUGAUGAGGAAUUUAACGACCAGGAUGAAGAAAAUGGCUCUACUACUUUCGAAGCCAUGGAAAACGCUUUUACAGAAGCUUCUGAAGACGAAAAUGACGACGAAGCCAUUGAUCAUGUAAGCCCAGUGGAAAUCGACUUCCUUGAUAAUGAGGAGGGUAGUUCCUCUGAGCAAGAUGAAGAUUUUCAUUGGGAGUGGAAUGCUGAUGUCCCUUCUGGAGCAGAAAUUAUCAGUCGCCAUGGUGCUCUGCUGAGAGAUUUAUUCCCUUUGCCCGGCUUGUCGCGUCGAGUUAUGAUAAUUAAUUCGGGCGAUAAUGCUCGUUCAAGGUCAUUUUUGAAUAAUAGAUCGUCAGAAGAUAUACUCAAGCAUCCACUACUUCUGAAAAAUUAUUUAUCAAAUCAUGAAAAAGUAGCUGAAUUAUGUGAAAAUUUAUCUGAUUUGGAUAGCCAUGUAUCUUCCGGAGCGGCAUCCCAAAGACUUCUUUUCUAUCUCUCUAUGAAUACAUCUUCAAGUGAUUCAUCCUCACUUGGUUGGACUGCUUUAAAGAAUCAGAUCCAUAAUGAUCCUUUACGUGCAACUUCUGAUUUUACACCUCUUUUUACUAUGCAAAGAUGGAGCGGCAUUGUUUCUAUGUUCUUUGGUCACGCUGCUGGUUCUACUGCUUUACGUGUCACGGGAUCUGUUUUAUUUGGUCUUAUCCCUCCAGCUUUGGAAAACCACAACCGUGAAAAGGAAGAAUCUGAAAGGCAAAGUCAACCCCAGAAUGAUGAGAGAUCAGCGGAAACCGUUCCUCCUGUAGAGCAAAACGUAAAUGAUCAGAAUCAGGAAUCAAACGAAAUGGAGGGUGUUACGACUGAACAGGCGGGUCCUGCCGAGGAGACAACUAAUGUUGAUGAAGGACAAACUAUUAAUAUUCGAGGAAGAGAUGUUAAUGUAUCCUCGUUGGGGAUUGAUCCUACGUUCUUACUCGCUUUACCAGAGGAUAUGCGAGAGGAAAUCGUUUUUCAACAUAUACAAGAGAGACAUAUAGAAUCAAUAAGUGAUUCUUCUCGUCGCUUGGAUCCUUCCUUUUUAGAAGUGUUACCUUCUGAUAUUCGUGAUGAACUUCUCUUUCAAGAAGCCGUCCAAAUGCGCUUGUUCGAUAAUGCUCGAAACAACGAAGGUGCUGAUAACGAAUUAGAAAUGGAAGGAUUGGAUGAAGCUGACGAAGCUGAUGAUGAGCAGAAAGAACGAUCGGUCAAGCCAAUUAAAAAGGUUCCUGUCCCGCCUUUAUUGGAUCGCUCUGGUAUUUUGUCAAUGAUAAGGCUUCUUUAUAUCCCACAGCAUAAUGGCAAGAAUCCAUUUUAUGACUUAGUGGUCAAUGUAUCUGAAAAUAAACAACAACGAGCGGAGGUUUUGGGACUGUUAUUAUAUGUUCUUCAGGAAGCUUCUGCUAGUACUCGUUCUACGGAGAAAUGUUACAAGGACUUGACCGUCAGAUCUUUGAACGUUCCUCAGCAAAAGGAAUUUAAAAAGUAUCACGGUUUGCUUGAUUCUUUAUGUAAAGUACCUGUGAUUAACGGAAUUUCAUCUCGCUCUUUAAUUUUGCAGCAAAGCAUCGAUUUGCUUUCUCACCUCUCAACUUGGGCUGAUCAUUUUCCUUCAUUUUUCCUGAGUAUGCAAGACUUCACUGGGUUACCGUACAAGAAGUCAGGAUCAAAGAAGUCGAAAGAGACUAAUGUUUAUAAGCUAGCUCCCAUCAAUGUUCUUCUGGGUUUGUUAGGUCGUGAAGAAAUAUUCGGCAAUACACUCGUUAUGAAUACAUUUUCAGAGUUGUUAUCAACACUUACCAGACCUUUGUUGUCAUUUUAUAAACACCAGAAGCCUGAAGCGGAUGUUAAAGUAUCUGCUGGAACGAGGGAUGAUUCAGAAAAUACUGAUGUGAGUGCUCCGAAGGCUGAAGGAUCAUCGGCGCCUGGUGAGAAGAAAGGUAAAAAAUCGCUUAAUCCUCCUCAAAUUACAGAUGAAAAUCUAAGAUUGGCUGCUUCGCUAAUUACCACUGAUUCUUGUUCAAGUCGCACUUUUCAAAAUGCCUUGUCUGUAAUGUUUCAUUUGUGUUCAGCUCCACAUGCGAAGAACAUUAUUGGUAAAGAGCUAUUAAGACAUGCUCAAGAAUAUGGAAAUGCAAUUAUAGGAGAUUUGUCAGGACUUUGCGGAGAGAUCAAGCGUGGUAGAAAUGAAAACGAACUUCAAAAUGCUUUGGCUCCUUUCUGUCCGGCAAGCUCUAACCAGGCUAAGUUGUUGCGUUGCUUGAAAGCUUUAGAUUACAUCUUUGAGCGUCGUCCUAAGAGGGAAGAACAGAGCCCGCAGAAUAUUGUUCAGCUACUCGAAUUUUAUGAUAAUUUACAAUUCGUGGCGUUGUGGGAUGUAUUAAGCGAUUGCUUGGUUUCUAUGAGGGAGCAAUCGAGUAUCACGCAUGUUUCCACAGUUUUGCUUCCACUAAUUGAAUCUUUAAUGGUUAUUUGUCGCCCCGUUUAUCUUGACUUGCCUGAGGAAGUUUGCAAGCAAAUUUCACCUAUGCUAGAACGUUUGAAGACAUUAUUCAUCACGUUUACUGAAGAACAUCGCAAAAUUAUAAACAUGAUGGUUUUCACGACUCCAUCGCUUAUGAGUGGGUCAUUUUCUCUACUAGUCAAGAAUCCGAAGGUGCUUGAAUUUGAGAAUAAGAGAAAUUACUUUAGCCGUCAACUUCAUGCUGAAGCUGCAAAGGAGCAGUAUCCUCCCUUGAAUAUCAAUGUUAGACGUGAUCAAGUAUUUUUGGAUUCCUACCGUGCGUUGCAUUUCAAGGACGCCGAUGAAGUUAAAUACAGCAAACUUAAUAUCCAUUUCAGGGAAGAAGAAGGUGUAGAUGCUGGCGGCGUAACUCGUGAAUGGUUACAGGUAUUGGCUAGACAGAUGUUUAACCCCGAUUAUGCUUUGUUUUUACCAGUUGCGGGAGACGCCACCACAUUCCAUCCUAACAGGGACUCUUCCGUUAAUCCAGAUCAUUUAUCGUUUUUCAAGUUUACUGGCAGAAUUAUCGGAAAAUCCGUCUACGAUGGUAGACUAUUGGAUUGUCACUUCAGUCGUGCUGUUUAUAAACAUAUGCUUCAUCGAUCAGUCUCGGUUAAGGAUAUUGAAUCACUUGAUCCUGACUAUUGCAAGUCCUUGGUGUGGAUGUUGAAUAAUGAUAUUACUGAUAUUAUUACUGAAGAAUUUGCUGUUGAAAAAGACGUUUUUGGUGAAAAAACGAUUGUUGAUCUAAUUCCCAAUGGAAGAAACAUUCCAGUUACGGAGCUCAACAAGCAUGAUUACGUUAAUAGGAUGGUUGACUAUAAGUUGGUUGAGAGUGUGAAAGAUCAAUUACAGAGUCUUUUAGAAGGAUUCUCUGAUAUCAUUCCUCCCAACUUGAUCCAAAUUUUCAACGAGCAAGAGUUAGAAUUAUUAAUUUCAGGUCUUCCCGAAAUUGAUAUUGAUGACUGGCGUAACAAUACUGAAUAUCACGGUUAUAACGUUUCAUCCCCUCAAAUUCAAUGGUUCUGGCGAGCUGUUCGAUCCUUUGACGAAGAGGAGCGAGCUAAGCUUCUUCAAUUUGCAACAGGUACCUCGAAAGUUCCUUUGAAUGGAUUCAAAGAAUUGGAAGGCAUGUCUGGCUUCCAGAGAUUUAAUAUCCAUAAAAGUUACGGGUCCUUGAAUCGUUUACCUCAAUCUCAUACAUGUUUUAACCAGCUCGAUUUACCCGAGUAUGAAACCUAUGAGCAGCUGAGGACUAUGUUGCUCACAGCCAUUAAUGAAGGCUCUGAAGGUUUUGGAUUUGCUUAAGAUGCUUAUUUUAUUUAUGUUAUAUUGUUAUUGUUUAUUGAUUCGUUUUCUAGAUUCUGCUCUAUGAUAAGAAAAAGAAAAAAAGGGCCUUAAAAGCUACUACUUAACAUGAUGGAUGUUACAAAUACAUUAGAAAAUUCAUGAGUCAUAAAAAGUGAAAUUAUAUAGAACUAAAUGUUUUAUACUGAAUAUUUACAAUAUUUUUGAGUAUAAUACAGCAUUGUGAAUCUGUAAAUGAAAUGGGUGAGGAAUGGUGUUGUUGCCCUGUAUACAUAUUUUAUUUACCAAUAGACCUCAAGCUACAAUAUAAAUUAAAUGUUUAUAGACGGUA